AUGGCGCCCACCCAGAAGACCCGCAAGCAGCGCUCGGCGCUCCAGGACGUUGUCACGCGCGAGUACACCAUCAACCUGCACAAGCGCGUGCACGACCUCGGCUUCAAGAAGAAGGCCCCCAAGGCCGUCAAGUCGGUCACCGAGUUUGCCCAGAAGACGAUGGGUGUCAAGGACGUCCGCAUCUCCCCCGGCCUCAACCAGGCCCUCUGGGCCCGUGGUGUCCGCUCGCCUCCCCGCCGCGUCCGCGUGCGCCUCGAGCGCAAGCGUAACGACGACGAGGGUGCCAAGGAGAAGCUCUACGUUGUCGCGUCGGUUGUCGAGGGCGUCACUUCGUUCAAGGGCCUCGAGACCGUCGUCGUCGAGGGCGACGAGUAA